UUCCCUUCCUCUUCUACCUACUCGCAGGUAAGCUAGGUACCUACCAACCUAGGUAAGUUGGUAGGUACCUAGCUACACAUGUAACUCGCCUUCUUCUCUACCUAACUCCUCACACUUUCCCAUUUCCCUCCACUUUCCCUUCUUCUUGCAAACGCCCCCCACCCCGCGCUCUCACGACAGCGUCCCGAAGCAGACACAGUCGCCUCCCUCUUCCAUCAUCGGCCAGGGGCCCGCCAUCUCGUUAGUUUCUUGUCUCGACCACCUUCGCCUGCGUGGCCUCCAAGAAUCAUCCUCGCGGAGAAUCCGUCGGCCUUCUGCACUCUACAUCGGUAUUCUGCAAUCGUUAGUAAGUCAUCCCGAUUCUGCUUCCCUUCCCACGGCCCACACCAGACAAUUGCGUUGCCAUUCCUGCUUGGAAGCUGGUCGAGUCGAAAGUUUGAACAAGGCCAAUAGUUGUCACUCUUCGCAUCACUCCCUGCCUGUGCUUUUCCCGAACGGCUUGUCAAGACACCCUCGUCGCCAUCCAGCUAUGCUCGGGAUUCAAGCCACACAGCAUAAUGCAUGAGAUCGCCUCCAUGGGAAACCUUUCCAGGGGCCCUCCUCCAGCUGGGUUGCCGCCAGUUCUGUCAGUCGGCCGGUGCAAGUGUACUCACCCUCACCCCUUCCUGGUCGCGAAACCACCAGAAACAGAGACAGUCCAGUCAAGCCUGUGCACCCAAAUUUUUUUUUUAAAAAAAAAUAUCCCCCUUCCUUUGGUGCCUUACCUCGCUUCCCAGCGAUGGCCUAUCGCCGAUGGCUCUAAUGGCGCUAUCCUGGUGCCGGCCCCCUUUCCACUCAGCUGUUCGAAUUCUCGCCCGACCGCCCCAGUUCUCCCACCGGUCUCCGGUUCCUGUCGUUCAUAGGCUCACUGUUGCUUGGGGCUGGCGGGUUUGGGCGGCGGGUUGCUAGUUGACGCUUCCUUAUUUCCUGGAACCAGAAUCGUUGUGUUGUAUAUCUCGUCGCCAGACCAUGAGAGCGCUAGAUCGCGUAGCUGCACUGCUGGACAGCAACUAACGGCAAAGGACAGGCCAAAAAAAAACAAUUUUCGAUGUGAAACCUCCAAUAAAAGAGGAUUUCCACCCAACUUCCUAACACGAGCUAUUUAGCAAUUAGUACACUAACAAAAUUGUGCAAAUUUGGAGUAUAAGAAAACCCCUGCUCUAUCCUCUGGCAACUUUGCAGAGAGGGGGAGACUUGGAAGGUUGCACACAAGACUCAGGGGCUAGAGCGCAUCGCCACACAUCAUCCCUCGUAAGUGUCACUGAUUCAAAGACACAGCACAACCAGAACAAAUGUGCCCUGACUAAGACAAUUCAUACACAACGAACGAGAAGAAAACUGCUUUAACCCCCUUCCAGCUUUCAGGAGCCCCUUGAAAGGUCUCCACCCGAUUCGGGGCACUCCCCAAGUUUGAGUGUGCGUCUUAUCGUACACUGCCGACGGCUGACAUCGAGAUACUCAGGUAAAGCCUUGCAUCAUGGAGCGCAUAGACAACACGAGCAUACCGACACUGAUACGCCCCUCCGACGCGGCCGGGAGGCACCCACUGCCCGACGGGUGCCGAAGCCGCCAGAAUCAACAGUCUCGUUCUCCAUCUUCUGCAGUGCCCGGCCCCCAGUCCGCGGCCAUGGAGCGGCGGAUCUCGAUGCCUUAUAUCAACAAAGCAGAUCCGCCGCCAUAUCGCACGACAGCAGAGGCGGACAAGGAUCGAGAAGGGGCUAUUGCGAUGGUGAACAGCGGCCGCCAGUUCAACCAUCCCAAAACAUGCCCGUCACACUCCGAGAGCAAAGAUAGUCUCUGGGCGUCGCGAGGUCGCAAGUUCGCAGCGGCUGAGGGGUUGCUCAUGCUCAAGGCCUCGAAGGCGUCGGGGGAGUCUGCCGGCACUAAUCUACCACCGCCACCGCCGAGUUCCGAAGACAUUGAGCCCAAGCGAAGGUUCAUUGAAGAGGGGACGGAGGACGAGAUAAAGAAGGCCGUGGUAAGUAGGAAGCGGAAGAAAGGCCCAGGAGAACCAGAGGAAGGAAAGCCACGGAAGGAGACGGCAAAGAAAGAAAAGAACACCAAGUGCAACAUAUGUGGCCAAUCGUACGCGCGCCCGGACCAUCUCAAGAGGCAUGUUGAAACACAGCAUAAGCGUGUGAGGAAGGAGUACCAGUGCAACGUAUGUGGCCGCUGGCUCUCGCGUCGAGACAACCUCAGACAGCACUGGAAGAGAUACGGACUCGGCGGUCCUGAGCCUGAGCCCCUGGUUGAGCUUUUUGAAAGGAAUGAGCAUGGGGAUGUGACCCACCGCUGGCCUAUGGAUCAGCCUGCGCCGGUCACGGCAGACAGCAAGGCCCAGAUUGGUCAGGGCGAGGCCGACACCAUCGACAGCCCAGCCCAGCUUCUUCAAAAGGUUGAGGACAGUGAGCCUACCGACCGCCAAACGACGGCGGAGACGAUGAGAAGGUUCACCCCUAUUAACAAGCCCAUUGUACGGGAAUGAGGGUAGGAUGUCGAGUUUGUUGCAUUGGGGUUUAGAGUUGCUCGAAGGAUCGGAUUGAGUACCUGUAAACAAACGGCGUCUGAUCAUUGAUGGAC